UUAUACCCAAGUAUUACAAAGAAGCGCCUGGGCACUCCGACUCGGGUGAAUAAUGAGUGGGACUGAAGUGCACGCAAUUGGUUUGCUGACAACUGCAAGAAUCCGCAACACAUUUAACAGCAGCGCCACUACUCCCAGGAAGAGUAUCCGAAACCAUAGCGAAUAUUUCUGCGGACGUGUGCAAGUCUCCCGCAGGAUCGAUAUCGAUACCUGUAUAACCAAUCCCAAAGAACAAUUUGAAUAUGCCACCUUAAUGAAUGGGGCCAAUGGCAGGAGUCAUGCCGUAUUUGCUUCAAUCUUGGGCUAAGGUUACGAUAGCGAGUACGCCCCUUUUGCUAGAGAUAAGAUGAGAGCUUCGAUGAUGCCACGUAAUGCAGUACAACAGUGUCAUUCAAUCAAAUAUACCUCGAGAUCCUACAGCGCAAGGCACGACACAAACCAACAUACAACAGCAAUGUCCAGUUCCAACAUACAGAAUAAUCGUAC